CGGCUACAGGGGGAGGGGGGUGGGGGGGCGGCUCGGCGGCGGGUCUGCGGGCCGGGCGGGCCCCAUGGGCGGGUGUGUGGGCUCCCACCACGACUCCUCGGGCAGCCUCAACGAGAACUCGGACGGCACCGGAGUUGCUCUCGGUCGUAAUCAGCCCUUGAAAAAAGAGAAACCAAAAUGGAAAAGUGAUUACCCCAUGACGGACGGACAGUUGCGCAGCAAGAGAGACGAGUUCUGGGACACAGCACCAGCUUUCGAAGGUCGCAAGGAGAUUUGGGAUGCCCUCAAGGCUGCUGCACAUGCUUUCGAGAGCAAUGAUCACGAACUGGCACAAGCAAUCAUUGAUGGUGCAAACAUAACACUACCACAUGGUGCUCUUACAGAGUGUUACGAUGAACUGGGCAACCGGUACCAGCUUCCUGUCUACUGCCUCGCCCCACCUAUCAACAUGAUAGAGGAGAAGGGUGAUCUGGAGACUCUGGAUAUUCCUGAUCCCCCACCCAAUUCAGGACACGAAUGCCAGCUCCGUUUGCGCCUGUCCACAGGCAAAGACCUCAAACUCAUGGUCCGCAGCAUGGACACGGUGUACCACAUGAAGAGGCGGCUGCACGCAGUGGAGGGAGUGGAGCCCGGAAGCCAGCGCUGGUUCUUCUCAGGCAGGCCACUGGCAGACAAAAUGAAACUGGAGGAGCUGAAAAUCCCAAAGGACUACGUGGUGCAAGUCAUUGUGAGCCAGCCCUUAGCAAAUCCCACCCCGGUGGAAAACUGAUUUCUGUUUCUUGUUUAUUGGUUUUUCUAGCCUUCAUCUCUGUCAUGGGGUUUGUUUUCACUGCCCUCUCUUCUUUUGGUUUGUCCUGCUAAUGGCUUAGUUCCAAGAAAUGACCAGCAAAAAUUCCAUCUGUGAUGGAGAGCUGCAAAAACAAAAUAUGAACAUGUAAACUGGCCUUUGGGGUUUGCCUGGUCUCAUAUUUAACACAACAGCAAGCAGCACAGGGCAAAGGCAAGAGCGGGAAGGGGAAGGAAAGAGAGAGGAGGUACAACGGAGGGAGGGAGGAGAUUGUUAUUCACUUAAACAAUACGAAUAUGUAAUGAUUCUUCAAACUGUAGGUGGUGUCCUGAUCCAUGGAACCAGAGCAACAGAGAGCACUUUUAUUUAAAAAUCAAAACAAACCCUUCAUCAGUUGAUAUCACUUCAUAUCAGCACCACAUACAGUUCAUGCAAGAAUCUCAGCUGCUCUGGGUAGGUCCUGUGCUGCCUGUUAUCAGGGAUCCUUUCUGGUUUGACCGAGCUCAUGGGCUUUACCCAGGCCCUGCCAAGGCACAGCCAGCCCUGGGCAGUGGAGCUGGCCUGGGGGCUCAGGUUCCUGGUGAUGCUCAGACCAAGCAAUUGUACAUUCCAAGGUGGCAACACAGUCCUGUGCCAUUGCGGGCUCCUGAGCUGGGAAGACAGCCCACUGGAGUCUUAGGCAAUAACUUAGUCAAUGUAUACUCUCAUGUACUGUACUGUAAACUUACUUGCUACCAGAAUGACUUAGCCUGAAGCUUACUGGCUCAUGGGCACCGGAGCAUGUGCCUGUUGAAUUCCUGUAUAUCACUUGGAUCAUUAAAACAAGCUGUGACCAGGCUAGCUGAGGGGAAUGAUGUGCUGGUCUGUGCUUAAGUGUUAGGUGCAUCACCUUUGUCAAAUGGCAAUGUAGUAGGUCCAGGUUAAAAUGCAGUUACACCCAGGUGCAAUGGAUUGCAACUUCCCCUGCUCAGUUCCUAGAGGUCACAAAGCCUGGAAGAUGGUGAGGAGGACAUGACAGAAGGUGUUUUUCAGCUUUUUGUGUGAGUGUCUUUUGCAGCAGCAGCAGUCUUCUAGCCCUGGUGACUCUCUCACCAGGACCACUGGAGGUAUCCUCACCAGCAUGCACCCACGGCCCUGAGCGUGACAGUGGUGGUUCACAGCCAGUGCUUUCCUUUCAGAAUGUAAGAGGAGCUCUGUCAGUAAAUGACAAAUCCUUUUGUAGUCUCAAAAAUCUGAAUCAGAGCAUAUUAUGGGGUGAGAGAUCCAGCUGCUUAUUCCCUCAGAGAUGGUCUCUGUGUUCCUUUGGCUGCUCUGCACCCCUGUCUGGUAAUGCCUUUGGUUGAGAUCAAACCUUUUAAACCAGUUUCUAGUUUUCUUGUGUUUUGGGGUUUUUUUUUCAGCCAGAUUUGAAAUAACUUCUUCCAAAGGCAAAUAUGCUAUUCAGGUGUGAAUAGCAUGUUUUUAUGGGUUUCUGUCCUCCCUCUCUGAAUCAAUGGUCUGAAGCUACAGUUGUCCCAGCUCUUUCUUGUCUACUAGUGAAACUGGUGGAUUACAGGGACAAUUUUAAACUUGUUACUUUUGCUUCUUCAUUAAUUCCCUAGAACUCAGUUUCUGGGACUCAGAGGGAGUUCUUGCUCCAUGAGCAUCAAGAGAGAGCCAGAAUGAUCAGUGGUCACUUGUACAAUAUCAUGAGGCUUUCCCAGCAGGUGGAAGCGGGCGCAGAAUUUACAUUGAUGGUUGGAAAACAGAUCCACAUGCAAUAUGCAUCUCCAACCCUACCCCAAAUAAAUAGAGCUUUCUUGUUGCUCCCUGUGUUUUACUGAGCCUAUGGUUUUCUGACAGCUCCUUUAGAUGCACUUUGGUACAGGAUAGCUGUAAUGCAGUGGCAGAGCUGUAUAAAGGAAAAUGAGUUCCCUGUUCUGGUAAACAACAAAGGGACUUGGUUUUCUUAUUUUCUUCUAAAAGAUUAACUCAAAGCUGAUAAAUGCUAAUCUGUAACAAAAGGUUUUUAUUGUGGAAGGUUUCUUUUAAGACAAAUCUGAUUUCCUAUACUGUGUUUUUGCCACCAAGAUCUUUUGCAUUCCACAAGGGGAAAAAAAGUGCUUGGUCUAUAAACAGCUCAAAGCUCUCUUGGAUUUUUGCUGGGCAAAGGAUGGUUUCAUGCCAGAAAGACACUGCUUGUCCAUGAGGCAUAAAUUAUGUCUCUGUGUAAAUGGUCUUUAUGAUGUCCUUUCCCUGCAGACCCUUUUGGAAGAGGGAGAUUGUGAUAAAGGAGGAGAAAACCAGGGUAACAGUUCUGCAACUGUGAACACUACAGUACAUGCAAUUGUUUUCCUUUUUUCUUUCUUUUCUUAAGGAUACAUUUUAUUGAUUAUUUUUCUCUUUUUCUAUUUUCAUUCAGAUAAUUGUACAGGGUUUGAGAUUACAGUGUGUAGGGCCAGGGAGAGCUCCUCCUUUCCCUCUCCCCACUCUGAGUUGGAAAAGGUUCAGUUUUAUUAUGCCAUUACAGAUGACUGUGUUUUAUAUUAAUUGCUUUUAUGUUGGGCAGCAAGGUGAGCUGAAGGCCAAAUUGUGAGUGGGCUUUGAGUAGAUCAGAGAAUUGGUUCAUUAAAAUCCCUGGCAGUGUUCAAGGCCAGGUUGGAUGAAGCCUUGGGUGAUCUAGUUUAGUGUGAGGUGUCCCUGCCCAUGGCAGGGGGGUUGGAACUGGAUGAUCUUUAGGUCCUUUCCAACCCUAACUAUUCUAUGAUUCUAUACUCUUUUCUCUAACAGCCCCUCCUCUCUCUGUCCUGCCCCGUAAGCACAUAUCUAUAACUGGAAAAAUUCAGUGAUAAAAUACUUUCAUAAUUGAAUGACAGGUGAACAUGGACCCUGCUGGAGACAGGAAACAGAUUUUACAGGAUUUGUAUCAGGAAAGAUUUCUAAGUUUCAAAACAUACACUUGAAAAAUACUGGUAAUGAAGGCAUACAGGUAUACAGCAUGUUGAGUAACAUAUCCCAUGUGUGGAACUAGAAGUUGCAAUUUCCCCUGAGAGAACAGUCAUUUCCAUUUCUGAAAUGCAUUGUCUUUGUCCUGCAAGAUGGUCUCAGCUAUAAACACCACUGCAGGGGAUUGGGCUGGGGCUCCCAUCGGACUCGAGUGGGUUCCUGGGGCACUGUGGGGCUCCCCACAUGCCUACAGGAGGAAGGGAAGGAGGAAGAGGAGACUCGUUUAAUGGACCAGUGGAGUAGACAUGGUUGGAGUGAGACCGACCAAGUGUUAAACCGCUGCUGAGCUGGCAGGCCUGGUGACGACUGGGGCUGGCCUGCAUGGCGGAUGCUGCUCACAGCAAGGAUGGGUGGAAGCAUGCUGGUGUGGCCAUCUUUCUUUUGCAGGAGAGCAUGUGUUGAGCUUGGGCUCAAUGCUGCUGGCAGCACAGCCUGGGCUGCCUUUCAGCCUGCCAGUUGGUGUGCUGCCAGCACCAUGGGGUGUCUUGGGCAUAGUUGAAGCAACACAACAGGUUUUUUAACACACAGCCGUGAACUGCAAUGCCAAGUACAGACAAGUAAGGAGUAAUAGGACUUUUUAUUAGGCCCAUCAGCCCUUUAUGUCAUUCCUGAUUAGCUCUGGCUAUGAACUGUUGCCAGUAGAUAACAUUUUUUUUACCGUGUCGGUGACAGUAAUCACGUCUGUUUGGCGUGAUUCAGAUUUUUAUACUCCUUAUUGCUGCAUCUGCCUGACCCAGAAAUAAUAACAUGGUGAAAGUCCCCACUCCUCAACAGCUUGAAGGGCAGAGAGACACAAAAACAUGCAGUCUGCUGGGGCGACAGAGCUCCAGGAAAGCCCCCAGGUGCUGUAGAUCCAUUGCUUGGUGCACUGCAGAAGGAUGUUCACAGUCAUUUUCCACAAUGAAGUGACAGCUGCUCCUUCAGAGCAUCCAGCUCCCAAAAGUUUCACCUUGGCUCUUUGUGCCCCUCAAUUUAUUGGUGCAGAAAACACAGCUUGAAGUAGCUGUGCUGCAAGAACUGGUUUAGUUUUCUGAAAGCUUUUGCUUCUCUGCUUCUGGGAAGUUUCGAAAACUAAAUGAUGUGAGUCACCAGUGUAGUAAGUUGAGUUCUCUCAUAGACACCCCGAUGCUAAAAGUAGUGACAACAACCACAACUAACAUUACCCCAGGAGCAACCAAACAAAACCCAGCUUGUCUUUGCCUUCCACGUGAAGUUCCUAAGUGGCUUUGGGGAGGAGAGAACAGGGUGUUCAUUGGAGCAGCAAGGCAACACAUGGCGAUGUCCAUAACCUUUGGUAAAGCAGAUGGCUGAUUGAUAAGAUAUUGCUGUAGUAUGACAUGCUUCUGCAUAUAUAUCCAUUGUUAGUAAAUAAUGUAAAAACCUUUUAAAAACUAUUAAAAAAGAAUCUUUGUUACAAUGGUGGGAUGCUUUUAGCCAUGGAUUCUUGAAAGCAUUUUUGCUCUGUGAGUGUUGAUGGACUGAAUGCUGUACGUUUCUCCAUUUCUGUCUUCUUCAGAAGCAAAAGUGGUAGCUACAUUUCUGACUCUUGACGUCUACUUUACAAACUCUUUUCUAUGUCACUGUACAGACAUCCAAGACCCUGCACCUUAUGCAGAGAAUGUUUACAUUAAAAAAAUCUGUUGGCUUUUUCACUGCGCUGCUCAGCUCCUGUUAUGUUGAAACGUCAGUAGUCUCUGUUAAGAGAAAGGGGCUUCUUCUCCUUUGCCCUUCACCAGUUUCCCUGUAAUUCUGGCUUCCUCCUGGAUGAUGACUGCCAGCUCUUGGACAGCUUGUGCUCUCCUGGAGAAAGGUGUUUGAGCAGACUUGCUUUGGGUGGGGGGAUGAGCUCCCUGAGAAGAAAUCUGCUUCAGACCCACUAAGAUGUUGGUGCUUUGCCUUGCAAGUGAACUGAUCUAGGAAGCCUUGGAGUUACACUUCCCAGCAACCGUGCUUGUGUCUUCUCCCAAAGAAGAUGAAUGUCAUGCUAUUACAUCCGCAGCUACAAACACUUCUGUUGGUUAAUGACUGUAUAUACAAGUCUGCCUGCUUUAAGACUUUCCCUUUCAUCAAGUGUUUUUGAUUGCUCUGUUCUUCAAAUGGCUCUCCUCUUCUGUAUUUCAUCUGCUUAGAUACUCUUGCAGCUGUGGGGUGUUGCUCUUGUUCAUAGGAGAUGGAGCUAUAGCUCUCCUUCCAGGAGAGGUCCAUGCCACUGAGCCUACAAAAGUCAACUAGUUGGAAGAUGAGAUGCUUUAUCCAGCAGGCUUCUUAUGUGGACUUGGAGACUUCUGAGAAACGCGUCCACUGGACUCUCCAUGAAAACAGAUGUUCGUGCCCUCCAAGCAGGACCGCUUGUUGGGUAUUUAUGCGGUAAACUCUGUAUUUGUGUAUUUACAGACAAAGACCAUUUGAUCAGAGCCAUGGGGCAAAUAGAGAACUUAAAAUCCUGACUCCUGCCUUAAAACUUAUUUUAUCUCAAGCUCCAAAAAUUCUGCACCUGCUUGUUCCCAAGUCCCAUUUUUCCUUUAGGAAAUUCGAAUCCAGUGAAAGGCUGGAGACAGUUUAAGGAAAUUUAAAACCACAUAAAUUUUAGCUGAUGGUUUUAUUAAAAUAACUAACUGGUCUUUUAUUAGAAACCCUAUUUGUGCCUCUCAAGUCCAGGGAAUGUUGAAAAAGUGGAGGUGGCUUUGGAGCAAUGAUUGACUCUGUUAGCCGGCAACUUGUAAGACACUUUCAUAUGCUCUGAGCAAGAGACUUUGGUUUGUGUCCUCUCUGCCUCAUGGUAAUGGCUUUCAAAGAUGGCUGGUACCAUCAAAUUUGUACUUCUUGAAUAAAUAUCUUCAUUUUUAUGGUAAAACCUUUUGUAUGCAGCUCGUUUGUGUGUGCCAUGUAACAAGCAUUCCUAUUGUGCAGGAUAUGGUGCUAGAUUUGGUAUUGACCCACAAAAUACACAGCUCCAACACAAGGAUGAGUGACAUGAA